GCCAAGUUGCACACUGUAGCAGGCUCUACAGAGUACACCAAAACAAGCAGCUUCAAGUACAGUUUCUUUCCACAGGCUGUGACUGUGAUGAACAUUUAGAACACUCAUUUAGUGUGAGUGGCUGUGUUUUUAUACCAAAUUAUUUGCUAUUUAUUGGCUGACAAUUACAAGUCGUGGAGACAUUUUUCAAACUAAUCCUCCAGGAUAUAGUUAUAUUGUUACUUCGUUAGAGUUAUUUGAUACUAUAUUUUGCACUAUCCUACUGUAUAUUACUGUAUACUACUAUUCUUUAUUGUAUAUAUUCUAUAUCUUAUUCAUCUGUUCCUCUGUCUCUCUUGCUGCUUUGAGCAUGUAUAUGACAAAAGAAUUUCCCUUGGGAUAAAUAAAGUUAUUCUUAUCUUAUCUUAUCUUACAAAAAGAAGCUAUAAAACACUAUAAAAAUACCUCACCAAACAUAAAAUUGUAUAAUUGGAAAAUUGUGCACAAAGUAUCAAAGUAAAAAUAUUAUUCUGCAGAAAAUUUGUCUUCUAUCAAUGUUAAAUGUUUUUAAAUGAGCUCUUUUAAAAUAAUUCAUAUUAUGUUUAAUGUUCAGCAUUAGACCAGUGUUUGACAUGGUUAACAGUCAUCUACAGGGGUGAUUAAAAUAUACAGUUUGCAAAUUGCAACAAGUCAACUUGCUUGUUUUAUUAGACCAGACAUGGUCAGAGUUGCCAUCCCCUCUCCAUAAUUCUCACAGCUUUCCUUGCUUAUGUAUUUUCAAACUCCAUCUUCUCUACAUCACACAUUUUGGCCAAGCUGGUUAGCAACAUGAAACUCAUCACUGAAACUUGUUUAUUUGCUAAUGCGAGCAGCUUGUAACUGAUCUCAGAGCAGUGAAAGAAGAGCCAGUGCCAGUAUCAGUUCUGAUAUGGCACUAGGAUAGAAGCUGUUCUUAAGUCUGUUUGUUCACGAUGAAAUGAACUUCAUCAAUUGUCAGCAAGAGGGCAGCAACUUAAAAAGAGAUCAUGUCCAGGGCGGGAAGGAUAUUUCAUGAGGUUUGCAGCACUGCUGAGGAGACAGACAUGACUCAUUCUUGUGCUGCAUGGAGUUGUUCGAACCGUUUUACAGUGAAAACCAGAUCUUAUGGGAUUACCUUUCACGGGUAAGUUUUAAUUCUAUGUAUGGGUAUUACCUGGGGCAGUUCUAGGUUCAAGCUUUAACAGCUGCUCAGCUCCCAGUUAUCAUGUCAUGCAUACAGUGUAAUUAAUAUUAAAGGAAUAUGCUGUUUACAAAUGUAAUCAACCCCAUUAACAUUUGCAAACCUCAGUUCAGCUGAAUAAAAAAUACAAUGUUACCUUCAAAAGCAACCCAAUUAGUUGGAUGACCAAUUGUCGUUAGUUUCUAAGAAUAAUUUAGGGUGAAUAAUCAGAGAUUUUAAUCUAAUCCACCUGUUUUAGGUUGGAGCCUUUAGUUAUCAAACUCGAGGCAAAGGCUCAGUCAUUAAAGAAGUUAACGAUGAGAGAUAAGAUGAUAGAAGAAGAUGAUAAGAUGAGAAAUAUGCACAACAUUAUUUCAGUGUCUUAAUCGCAGAGGCAGUUCACCAAAUCAUCAAGCACUUAAAGUAGCAUUAUUCAAUAUAUUCAAUACAGACACUGGAAAAUAACCUGUACACGAGGCAAACUGUUAAUAGAGUUGUUUUAUAUUAAAGUUUUUGAAUUCAUACAUUAGUUGGUUGGCAACUCACAACAUACCAGCAGACUAGUGGAUGAGAAGGUUAAAAUUAGCUGAUAAUCUCUAGUUAUUUAAGCUAAAUUAGCUAACGUUUUUGACACUUUUAGAGAACAAAUAAAAAUAAGCAGGCACUUUAUUAGUCACAGAAAUGUCCCCGCAUUAUCAGAACAGUUUGAACUUUUGCUAUAUUUCAGUUAAAGUGUGUUUUAAAUCUGCAUCACUGAUUUGUGUCAUGAAAUUACCUCUUCAUCUUUUUCUUGCUGCAGCAACAAAAGUCUUAUUUAGGCUUUUAAUGACAAACCACGCUGUUGAAACAGCAACGCCUCUGUGUGAACGCACUGUAACAUCAUGACAUCAACAACCCUGGACAGAAAACCUGUUUUCAUCCUGUCCUGUGCUGUCGUCAGUAGAAAAGUUAGGAAAAUAUAACAUUUGAAGAUAAUUAAUACUAUUAAUAGUUAUUUUUAGGGGUGCUCUGAUAUAAUUUAGGGGGCACUUGAGUACCCAAAGGGUCUAAACUCACCAAUGGUUUUUUCUAUGGUAACUAUGUUGUCAUUAUGACAUCCAGCCAUUCGGCUUCUUUUUCACUCUGAUUUUUACACCAGUCCAAAAACUAGACAAAGGUUAGCCAAUUGAACAAACCAGACAAAAAUAAUACAAUGUUUCUUAUUUGAGUGAGCUUAACAAAGGAUUUUUGGUACCUGUUUGUUGUUUAUGUGUGUAUGUUUUUUUAAGGGGCUGGAAUAACAACCCUUCACCAGGCCAGUUCAAGGCCAUUUUCAAGUGUCUAAUUGUGCGAUGUGUUGUGCCACUAAGCACAUCAGGAAAUGUGCCAACACAGGAUGAGACCAUGUCCCUGUCUGCUUUUGAGUUGUCCCUUUCUCCAGCUGCGGAAGAAACUGGGAAGCUUCCAUUCCUGAAACUAUGUGUGGCCAUAGCUAUCUACCAACCCACUUGGAUAUCCUUGUGAACAAUGCCCUUGUUUAUGUUACGGGGGUAGAAGUAGUUUUAAUAUUAUAUUCUGUCUUUUUCUGUCUGUUCAUAUAUAUAUUCUGUAUGCUUUUAUUUUUAAGGGGUUUUUUUCUGUGUGAGAAGAGAUGACAGAGAAGAGAUGGGAAGAGAUGAAAGUCCCUUCACACCUGUUGCCUGUAAUCCAGAUUCAAAUUCCUAAUUGAUGAUCCUGCCAUUGUUGAAAACAAUGAUGCCAUGACAUGCCAAAACUGGACCCCAAUGGAUUACUUCAAGCAGUACAUCAAUGAAAGAAUGGCCUUGUGCACAAAUCAGCGCGCAAUCCUUGAGUCUGGAGCAACACUAAAUACCACUCCUGAAGAGCUGAAGACAUUCUUUGGGAUUUCCAUUUACAUGGGUUGUCUAGGAUAACCAAACAUUCAAAUGAAUUGGGCCUCAAACACCAGAGUUCAAGUUGUAGCAGAAUCCAUGACCAGAAUUCAUUUCUACAAGCUCAGAAAUUCCAUCAAGAUCAUCAAUGACCUUGACUUUUCAGAUGAUGAAAAAAGAAGUGAUCUCUUGUGGAGAAUCAGGCCCCUAUUGGCCAAAAUGAGGCAAGGAUGUCUGAGUCUACCUAGAACAGAAAAAUUGUGCACUGAUGAGCAAAUGAUCCCAUUUACCGGUUGCUGCCCAGUGCACCAGUAUGUACCAGGCAAACCAUACCGAACUGGUUUAAAGGUGUUUGUCUUAGCUGCACCAACUGGUUUGGUCUUAGAUUUUGUGGUCUACGAAGGCAAGACUACCUUCAGAGAUACAGGAGGAAAGGGCAUUGAAAAGCAAGCUGUUCUUCAUUUGGCAGAGUCUGUUCCCCAAGGAACCCACCUGUUCUUUGGCAGGUUCUUUACAACUAUCAACCUCCUUGACACCCUAAAGAUUAAAGGGCUGACUGGAACUGGAACCCUCAUGAGUAACAGGAUUCAAAAGGAGUGCGAGAUCAUAGGGGAUAAGCCCUUCAAGAAGAAAGAAAGAGGGGCAUCAGAGAUGGUAGCCAGAAGAAGUCCUCCUGAACUUGCUGUCAUUAAGUGGUUGGACAAAAAGCCAGUUGUCAUGGCAUCCCCUGCCUAUGGCAUUGAACCUCAGGACACAUGCACAAGAUGGUCCAAGAAAGACAAAAGGUUUGUCCAGGUGCCAAGGCCACUGGCAAUUGCUGAGUACAAUACGAACAUGGGUGGCGUGGACCUUGUUGACCAAAUGUUGGGUUUCUACAGGAUGGCCUCUCGUACUCUGAAAUGGACAGUACGUGCAGUUCUCCACUUUUUUGAUCUGGUAAUGACCAACUUGUGGUUUCAGUAUAGGAGUGACUUGCAGUUUCAGGGGAAGAAACCACUGAAGUUCCUUGACUUCAAGCUGCUCCUUGGUGAAGAGUUGAUUACUUGGGCUCAAGCAGGAAGCGCAAGUGACAGUGAAGAUGACUAUACUCCACCGCGUCAAAAGUGGAAACCACAGCCAAAUGAAGCUCUGAGACACUAUGGUGCCAUCCAUCUUUCAGAGAUGGUGGACGAAACACAUGCAUCAAGAUAUCGCAGAUCCAACUGCAAGAGCAAAAUGUGUGUAAUUUGAUUUAAUUUCUUUAAUUUGUUUAUUUGUUAUUUUCUGUGACUAUGAAUACGCAAAAUGAUUUUGGAAACAUGACCAAUUUAUGCAGUAUAUUAUUUUGUCACAUGGACUGUACAGAAGGAUAGAAAAAUGGAGCAACACCUCAGGUAGAACUAUUAUUUCAAGGCAGGUGCACCCCAGUUGCUUUAGGGGGAUGGACUUCCGCCCACUAUUCAGAUGCAAUCUAAGAGGCAAACCGAGUGCACCGUGUCUUCAUUGCUCCUGAACUUUACCUGUAUUUGCAGGUUAGUACUUGGUAAAAAAAAAAAAUACUACCACUGUUUGUUACAUAGCAAUGUUUCAUCUCCACAGCGGGGUCAGGCUGCGCAGGCCGCUAGCAGAAACGUCGCGGUAAUGUUUUGUUAUUGUGGGUCGUGGUGCCCAGAGCAUUGUCUUGCAGGAAGGUCGUGCAUAUAGAUUUGUUUUCUUUUCAUUAUGAAGGUUGGCACUCCUGCACACUUUACUAUUUUAUAUAAAGUUUUUGAUACAAAGCUGUUUUAUUGCUUAAGUAUAAUUGAGGUUUGGAAAGUAUAAAGCUGUUUAAUAUGUGAGUGUUAAUGACAUAUAAAAUAGAAGGAAGUUGCCCAUGUUACACAGAAGUGAGUUUCAUCUUCAGUGUGCUGUAAAUGAUGUGUGUUUAUUUUUGCUCAAUGUCAGUAUUCAGAACCGGUACAGUUGUCCACUUUAAUUUCAACCAGAUAAGAGUGUGGUUUGCUUUAAAUACAGUUGAAUAUUGCUGUCAAUUCACUGUAGACUACAGUGGUUUUUAAUCGCUUAAGCCAGAGCGUGUGUGUAUUUUUGUUUUGCUUGCACUGAGAGAUCACAUGAAGUACAUGUAAAAUAGUGGAAAGUGUAGAGUGCAAUCCAUUUAUUUUUCUGCCUGUGACUUGGGAAAAUGGACAGAUGUAAACUUUAAGGACACUGGGACUGAAACAGUAAUGCACACAUGGAUAUUGUUAAUUCUGUUCAUGUUUAUUGAAACUUGAAUAAGAAAUGCAAUUUGAGAGGCAAACCGAGUGCACUGUGCCUUCAUUGCUCCUGAAUUUUAUAUGUAUUUGCAGGGAUUUCAUCUUUGUUAUUGUGGCACCAUUCCUGGGGCCCGUAACAAAAACAUAUGUGAUGUGCACAAAGUGCAAGGUAUUCCUCUGUGUUUGAAAGAAGGGGAAUUGCUUUUACUCCAAAUAAGCACAACAGAACUAAUCAAAAGUGAUGCUGGUCUGUGGAUGUUAAACUUGUUCUUAGGUUUACCUCUUUUUCAGGGGAAGCAACUGUUUGCCAUCAAAGUUCAGUUUUACAUGUUUGGCCUUCCAAUGUCCUCUGCAGUGGGCAUGUGAUAUCUAAAAAAUAAAAACUUUUUUAUCCAAAAAAAUGAUUUCAGUCUUCUGAUUACCUUACAAACAUUGGGGGAUU